CGCUAGGUUAUUCUUGUUUGUGAUAUUUCAGGUCCUAGUACGUGAAUGAAGGUUCGGGAAUGAGUUCUGAGUCGAUUGGACGAAGAUUGGAUGGUUGGCGAGAAGUUGGGAAAGCCACACGGGCACGCCUAAAAUCCCACACGGCCGUGUGACCUGGCCGUGUGGCACCAAAUUGCACGGGCAAGCCACACUGGCCGUGUAGGGGACCCCUUGUGGCCGUGUGGAAAGUCCAGGGAGUUCACACGGGCAGCCUGGACAUACACACGGCCGUGUGGUUUUGGCCGUGUAGCGUACCUGAAGCCACUUAAGUGAAACACGACAUUUUGCACACUAGUCGUCUGCCGGGUAGUUGGACUGAGAGGGCUUGGGCAGCUUAAGAGAUUCCAAGCUACUGUCAGAUCUUCCGCAAUUUAAUCAACAGUUAAUCAACCCAGGGUAAUUACAACCUCGACCUAACUAAGGAGCUAGGGGGACUCAUUCCCGAGUGACUCUUCCCUUGCUAAAGAACUUUGAACCAAAUUCCUGCUUUCUUAUUGCUUUUAGUUAAAAUCACAAUCACUCGACUUAGUUUGCUAGAUAAUAGAUAUUCACGGAGUAUGCAGUAGAUCUAGACCCCGGGUUGACAAUUAGAGCUUGCCUGUUACUGCAUUUCCGGACUGCGAUUACACUUGGUCGCAGUUUGGUGUUGUGUUUUAGCGUGUCAAGUUUUUGGCGCCGUUGCCGGGGACCUCUAGGUUAUUGUAGAAAAUUGAAAGUCUGUUACUUUAACAUUUACUUUUAUGCAUCCUAUCUUUUCCACCCUUGCUUUUCACUUGGGUAUUUUGUUUUUGUUGGUGCAGAUCUAAUACAUGGAUUCUCAAGGCUUCUCCAACCAUUGGGGGUAUCCACCACCACCCGAGUGGUAUUACCCCGAGACUUCAUGAAGCACCCAAGGAGGAGAAGACUAUGGAGUCGGGUUUCAGUACCAACCCCGCUACUACGAAGAACAAUCAGACCCUUGGGUAUUUCAAGAACAAUCUCUUUAUCAAGAAGAAUUCCUCCCACAACUAGAAGGGCCAUCAGAUCUUGAUUUAGCCACAGCCUUCACGGGCCAUCCGGCAGAGCCAUGCUACACUCCACGUCCAGAUCCAAACUAUCACUUGAGGCUUCUCGUGGAGCAUAUUUGUCGACUACCCGAGAGAUCCUUUCCCGAGCUGGAUCCUCAUAUCCAGGCUAUGGCCCAAACUGACUUCUCCUUUCCCCGUGAAACAGAGGAUACCCUUCGGAGCAUAAAGAAGCACAUAGAGGUCAUUGAGAAAACUUGUGCACAGUUUCUCAAGACAACCUUUAUGCUGCCAUACAAGUAGAUGAGGAGGAAGAAGAAGGCAAUCAUGAGGAUGUUGAGGAUCAUAUAGAAGUUUUCACGGAAAGCUCCCAUGAUAAUCAUGAUCAAGUGUAUCCUCUGGUGGUAGAUCACAACUUUCCCCAUUUCCGCUCUGAUAUGCUGGGCCUGAGCGAGGAAAUGCAAGAUGAUCUCAUUGAAGAAAUUACAUGGCGACUUGCUCUCCAAUCUGUGCUAGAAGAAGAAGAGCGAGAAAGGGUGAGGGAAGAAGUUGUGGAGGACGAGGAAGAGAGCAAAGAAGAGGAAUUUCUUGAUCUUUUCCAAGGGGAGAAACCACAUUCUGAUGAAGGAAGGGGGGUUAAAGAAGCAAGUUGUGUCCAAGCUAAGGAUGAAGUUGAGGUGGAAGAGGCAUGCACCGGCCAUGAGUUACAUGUGAUAUCUCCACCAAACUUCGAGGAGCUGCUUGGCAAGUACCCAUUUGCAAUGUCUCUUUGCCAGACCAAGACCACAUCAACAUUGAUCCCUCUUGGGAAAUGAGACAAGAGCAUACGCGAAUGAGAGGUCUCGAGAGUGGAGACUUCAUCUUCCUAAAGGCCACGAGCCAUCUUCAUCACCUAUCACAUCACAUGCUCGUGACUUGAGACUCCACAUCAUAGACGAGAAAACCAUACACAAAUACCCCAUGUGGAACCUCGUUUAAGCUCAAAUGGUAUGAAUGGAGCUUCCAAACACAAGGGCGACUCGAUAACGGUGUAGACACGAAGAAAGUAGGGUCGUUCUAUCUAAAUCAAUCAAGCUCAAGUAGCGAGAGCUACCUAAAACGAGAGCGACCCUUAGACACACGCCUCAAAAGGGUUGACUAGGGGAUAAUGAGAUAGGGACGGUCAACAUUUGGGUCAUGGACUAAACCUAUGCCUCCAUCUUCCUUGCUAGCAACAACGUGAAUGCUACGCAUCAUGUAAAGGGGGAUCUAUCACACAAGAACGAAAUGAAUGGCACCUAGGUGC